AUGAUUUGCGGCAUGGGCGACGGAAACUGUGCGCCCGAGGAUGUUCGGAGGCGUAUCAACGGAGGUGCGAAGGAUGGCGUCUUCACAAUCAACGUUACAUCGCCCACUCCAAGCGCGGUGAAGGAUUGGUGGGAACGUAAAGUGGAGUCGAAGGCGGUCACCGUUGCAAAUGUUCCGGCCAAACCUCCGGAAGGACCUCCGAGCCCUCCAGACGACAAGAUUUCUCGUGAAAAAUCAUCCAGAGCGGAUUCUGAAUCUCCUGCUGACGCUGCGGAUUCCGCUGGUGCCCCUUCACUGGCUGGAGCUCCGGGCGGCGUUGGUGUGGGUGUUCCGGCUACACGUCCUGCAGCAGGUACUCCGGGGUCUCAGGAACACAAGGCUCCCGGUGACCCUCCGCUUCCUCCACCCGCAACUCCAGGCGGCGCUGGUGCUAACUCUGCUGCUGGCGCUGCGGCCUCGCAAGCAUCGGAUUCCGCCCCCGCUGGUGAGCUUCAAGGCCCUUCACAUUCUGCCUCUGCUGCUUCUCCUGCAUCCGAAUCCAUACCAGAUCCGGAGCCUACAGAAGGCGGCGGCCAUUCCUCCCAUGACCCUCCAGUGAAGGUGCAGGAAGAGACUGCUGCUGCGCCACCGACUCAGUUGUCCCAGACCGACGAGGACGGGGAUGCAGCGGAAGGCGCUGAAGAGGACACCGCCGCCAACACCACCGACACUGCUUCCACCAGCGAAGUAAAUCCUACGGCGGCAAGCAUGCCGGCUCCCCUUUCCUCUGCGCCCCCAAAGAACGCGCUGGAGAACAGUGUGGGAACUGACGCCUGCUUCCAUGACACCCAUCCGCAUGCCCGGCUGCUGCUUGUUCUGGCUGCGCUCACGUACGGGACACUGGGCUGA